GGUAAUUAAUCUCUACGCUUCUUUCUCUGCAAUUACUCCUUGAGAGCCUCUCUCUCUAGAAUAUUGAGUAUUGUUGACUUGAGCGUCGGAGUGUUUUCCCCGAGGAAACAUCCUCGGGAUUUAUAGGUGUGGAAGCAGCUGAGGACUUCGACAGUGUUGGAUUGUGAAGCUGCCCAAACAUUUGGUGUCGUCUGUGGGAAAUUGAACGAGAAGGUGUGUAGCUUAACCUGCUGAAAGACAAAAUGGUUCGUACUUUUACAGGGGGUCGUCCCCCAAGAAAUGAAAUGGACGAACAGGAGGACGCCCAAAUAUCCGAGCCUGGCUUGAAUGACUUUAGGCCAAUGCCAAGAAACCUUUUCGUCGGGGGAGCAGAACAGGAUCACCUAAGUGAAACGGAUGAUGAUGAAAGAACACCAACUGGAUAUGCAACCCAGCCUGAACAGUUCCAAGUUCCAACAGGAACAAGACAAAGACCUUCCAGACCAUACAAUUCACAGCAUGAACGACCUGAAAGGUCAACAGAGCCUGCUCGGACGACCGAGCUCGAAGAGAGAACUAGAAUUCUCGAAAUGGCAAUGGGUAAAAUCCUUGCCCGCCUGAUCCCUAAUGACCCCCUAAUUCCAUUCUUGAACAGGGAUGCACAACCAACUGCAGUUGUUGCAACUCGAAACUCCCCUGCUCUAAGCAACAUAGUGGUGCCGACCAGACCGAGGGGAAGCGGGAAGCUAAAUAACGAGCCCAACUCGUCCGAACAUAGUGAAGAACUGAUGAGGAAAAAUUCAAACCUGGAAAAGCAGCUAAGGGACCCUGGCCGGUUUUUGGACGACCUGCUGGAAAAUCCACCCAAGUCGUGGAAUGAAGUAAAUGACAGGUCGGCAAGCUUCAUAUUAUCCGAAAAUUUUCAAUCUUCUAAGAGACUGGCUGAUGACAAGCAAGGAAAAGAGCCCAGGCAGCCUGAAAACAGGGAUGACAAGAAGAAACAGAAGGUCGGCAAGCAGAGAGGAAAACCACCUUCCUAUCCAAAAUAUGAUAGCUACAUCCCCCUGAGCUCGUCACGUUCCCAGAUAUUGGCACAGAUACAGCACUGGGUCAAGAGACCCUCUCCACAAACGCAUGAUUCUUCAAGAGCUAACAGAAGCAAAUACUGCGACUAUCACCGUGUCUACGGCCAUAACACAGAAGACUGUCCGUACUCAUUUGAGCCGAACAGAGAAUACAGGGGACACCCGUUCAAUAGGCGUGGACAAGGACAUAAAGCACAUGCACAGAACCAAAAGGACCACAGAGCGGUUGGGUAUGGUGGAAUACCCCUGCCAUCCGGCACAAUCAAUAUGAUCUCCGGUGGUAUGCAUGCAGGAGGUCAAAGCGCCCGAGGUCGCAAGGCAUACGCUCGCCAGGUGAUGACAGUAAAUAAGAACCGGCCUCUUAAGCGCCCGUUUGAAGAGGCAGAGUGGGAGAAUGUGACCAUUACGUUUAGUCCGACAGAUUACCAGCGAGCAGAAGGGGAGCCUGACGUCGUGAUGCCUCAUGCAGACCCUUUUGUAGCAACAGUCCAUAUAGGCAAUCAUAAUGUCAAUAAGGUUUUCAUUGACACGGGUAGCUCCCCCGAUAUCUUGUAUUGGAGCUGCUUCCAAAAGAUGCAGCUGAACCCCAGCUCGUUACAAAAAUAUGAAGGGCCUAUCUAUGGGUUUGAUAAUCAACCCGUCCUAGUGGAGGGAGUAAUUACACUUCCCAUUUAUGUGGGUUCAGAACCACGCUUCAGGAUGGCUUUAGUCAGCUUCUUGGUCAUCAAAAUGGAGUCAGCCUUCAAUGCCAUAUUAGGAAGGGCUACUCUGUGCGAGCUGAAGGCUAUUAUCUCACAACCCCAUCUCUGCAUGAAAUUCCCAACACCUCAAGGGGUAGGAGUGCUAAAGGGGAGUCAAAGGAUGGCUAGGGCAUGUUAUCAAGAUACAUUUAAGAAGGUUGAGCUCGCUGUAGCCCUGAGAGGCUCUGAAAGUAGCAGGCCGAGUAAGCUUGGCCAACAGACAAUGAGCAUAUCGGACAUUGAGCACAGACCUGAGGGUGUCGAGCAGAAAGUAGAGCCGGUAGAGCCAGUAGAAACCGUUCCUUUAAACCCUGAUGUGCCGGAAAGAACAAUCAAGAUCAACACCAAGCUCACAGAAGAAGAACGAGCAGAGCUUCUGGAGUUUUUUAGGGUCAAUCAAGAUGUGUUUGCGUGGACUACGGAUGAAAUGCGUGGCAUCCCUGUAGAAUUGACAGUCGACAAACUCAACACGGACCCCACUAAAAGGCCGAUGGUGCAGAAACGUCGCCUUUUUGGCCCGGAGAAGCAGACUACUAUAGAUGAAGAAAUACAGAAGCUACUACAAGCAGGCUUCAUCAAGAGAGUGGAAUACUCUAAGUGGGUAUCCAACCCGGUGCUCGUUAAAAAACCAAAUGGCAAGUGGAGGAUGCGUAUUGACUUCACCAACUUAAAUGAGGCAUGUCCAAAAGACCCUCAUCCCUUGCCUAAUGUGGAGAAGCUAGUAGAAUGGGCAGCCGGGCAUGAGCGGAUGAGUUUCCUUGAUGCUAGCUCAGGGUAUCACCGGGUUCAGUUAUUACUAGAUGACCAGGAGAAAACAUCUUUCAAUGCCGGUGACGCAAUCUACUGCUAUGUCAUGAUGCCCCCAAAUGAAGCUGAAUCCCCUAAAGUGCACGUUCGCUUAGAAUCAGGAAAAUUCCUAGGGUACGUGGUAUCCAAGAAAGGAAUUGAAGUGAACCCAGAGAAGGUUCUGGCCAUUCAGCAGAUGGAGCCUCCCAAGACUGUAAAGGAUGUGCAGUGCCUGACAAGUCGUGUAGCCGUGUUGCACAGAUUCGUAGCCAGGUCGGCGGAAAGGUGCCUACCAUUUUUCAAAGCCUUACGAGAGCCCAAGCAUUUUCAAUGGACCGACGAGUGUCAGCGGGCGUUUGACGAGCUCAAGCAGUACCUGGCAUCUGCACCCCUGCUGUCUAAGCCGGUGGAAAGAGAGUUUAUAUCUAUACAUGGGGAUUAUGGAAAAGAGCAAAACUAUCCAUUAGCAGAAAAGGCUGCCUUUGCCCUGGUUUACACAAAACCUAAACUCUCUAGUCAGCUUAUUGGAUGGAGCGUCGAGCUGAGUGAAUAUGACCUCAAAUUUCAGCCGCGCACAACCAUAGAAGGCCAGGCCAUUGCAGACUUUCUGGUGAAGUGCAUCUCAACGAUUAAGGAAGAAAAAGCACCCGAACAUCCAGUCUGGGUUUUGUAUGUUGAUAGAGCUGCUAGCGUUGAAGGAUCCGGUGCUGGGGCUGUAUUAGUGGGCCCAGAUGGCUUUAAGUUUGAGCACGCACUGAGGUUUAAGUUUCAGAUGACUAACAAUGCUAUAGAAUAUGAAGCCCUCAUUUACGGAUUGAAGUUGGCUUCCAAGCUAAAGGUACAGAGCAUUCAGGUUUUCAGCGAUUCUCAGCACGUUGUGGGCCAGGUGAAUGGCAGUUGUGAAAUCAGGGAUCCCCAGCUCGGUCGUUAUGCCUCUGUGGUCAACAGAUUGAAGUCAAUGUUUGUCUUUUUCCAAAUUAAUAAAAUACCAAGAGCAGAUAACCACCGAGCUGAUGAGCUGUCAAAGUUGGCCUCCUCGCAGGACCUUAACCCUCAGAGAUCGACGAUUGUCGAGGUGCUUGACGCCCCGAGCUACACCGAUCUCACCAUCGAGUGCCAGUUGCUAAGCACAGAUCCCUCCUCACCAAGCUGGACUACCCCGCUCAUGAAUUAUCUGCGAAAUGGUGAGCUGCCUGAAGAUUCAUUCGCUGCAAAGUUGGUGAGAUGCAGGGCGGCGCAUUUCACUUUGAUAGAUAAUCAGCUUUACAAACGAGCAGCCUCAAUGCCCCUAUUACGCUGCCUUACUCCUUAUGAAGUCAAAUACGCCGUGAGGGAAAUUCAUGAAGGAGUAUGUGGCACACACAUAGGAGGCAAGACUUUAACUCGGAAACUCCUUAAGCAGGGGUAUUACUGGCUAACUAUGGUUGAAGACGCGCAGAAUUAUGUCAAGAAGUGCCCGACCUGCCAAUUCAACGUUGAUGAUAUACAUAUGCCAGGAGAAACGCUCUCACCACUCUCAUCUCCCUGGCCUUUUGCUCAAUGGGGAGUCGACCUGCUCGGCCCUUUUGUGAAAGCUCGAUCAUCUGUUUUCAAGUUUGGCAUACCUAAACGGAUCAUUGCUGACAAUGGUCCGCAGUUCCGAGCCGACGCAUUGAGGUCGUUUUGCAGCGACUACAGCAUUGAGCUCUCCUUGACGUCUGUGUAUACUCCACAGUCAAACGGACAGGCCGAGUCCGCCAAUAAGAUCGUCUUGCGAGGCCUCAAGACGCGUGUCUUAGCUGCGUGUUCUAAUUGGGUUGACAAGCUCAAUAGAGUGCUUUGGUCUUGUCGCACUACACCCAGCUCGGCCACAGGCGAAACCCCAUUCAGCCUUGCUUAUGGAGUUGAGGCCGUCAUCCCAGUGGAGAUCGGAUUGCCCUCUAAUAGAGCAGGUCGGCACGACGAUGCUAACAAUGAGCAACUAUUGAGAGAGAACUUGGUCCUUGUGGAAGAGGUCAGGGAGAUGUCUUGAAUGAGAAAUAUGGCGCAUCAAAGUCGUGUGGCAAAAUUUUAUAAUAAGAGAGUUCGAGCUCG